AUGGUUGGAAAACGUUGGAAUGUCCAGGAGGAGGAGAUUUUCUGGCAGACGGUAGCCCGACUUGCUCCUUCCGGCCUUCAUCAGGCCAGUAAGGAUGUGAAAAAGAAUCACAGAGAGGUCCUCAAGUCGUGGGAGCCUCUUGUUCAAAUUAUGCAGGACCUCUGGCACCAGGAGAGCCCUAACGAGCCUCUUCGUCGCAACUACACCGAAGUCUCCCUUUACGAACACUACUUCCAGAAUUUCGUUCAGGGAAAGUUGUCACCUAAUGCCGGACCCUUCGUCGAGGAAUACAAAAAGUGGCUAGCGGAGGAGGAGGCUAAAGGUGAACAGAAUUCCUCUUCGUCCGAGACGUCUUCUACGGGUGUGAACACUGAGACCUUUGAGAGUGCCGAAGUCUCUGAGCAUACCGAGACCACUGAGCAUACCGAGACCACUGAGCAUACCGAGACCACUGAGCAUACCGAGACCACUGAGCAUACCGAGACCACUGAG